AUGGCAGAGACAAGAAGUAUGACUAUAGACCAGAACCAUGAUGAUGCAUCUAUCAGGAUGAAGAUCAAGAGUUGUGAUCCUUGGUCAGAUCUCAACCAUGAUGUGCUUUUCUUAGUUAUGAUGCAACUUGGAGUUGUUGAUUUUCUUGCAUUCAGCAGAGUUUGUAAGUCAUGGAGAUCACUCGCUCUAUCUAACAAGAACAAGUUUAUAGUGUCCAGACCACCCAUGGCUAUAUCUAUAUCUACCCAUCCUAAUGAGAAUGAGUGCUAUCUAUAUCUAGAGGACUCUCAAGGGAUAAAGUUCAAAACCAUUCUUCCAGCUCAUUCUGAUUACAAGCAAUGUAUUGGAGUAAGUUGUGGUUACUUGAUUCUGAUUGGUGAGGAAACCAACGACUUAUGGCUUGUGAAUCCUAUCACAAGGCAUGAAUUUCAUGCUCCUUUCCCUUUCCUUGAUAUCCGCUUUUACAUUCAUGGUCUGGGGGUUAUCCUUGUCUUUUCUCCUUCAAUAUCCGCGUGGGUGUUUGUUGUGAUCAAUAGAUUUUGGAACAAAAUAUGGUUUUGUAUAGCUGGUAAACGAGAAUGGACUUGUGUCUUCACCCCUUUAAGCAUAUAUGAUUUACAUGUUUUCAAAGGGAAGAUAUAUACCCUACACCCCAAUAAUUGUUUAAGUGAAGUGAGACUUUUUCCAACACCCAAAGUAACGUUACUUGAAAUCAAGAAUUUUUCCAAGACAGAGCGUAAUCAUUGGAGGCUUGUAAGUUCGGGUGAAAAUCUUUAUGUGAUAAAUCGAAUGCCAGAAUUUCCAUUCAAGAUUCAAGAAUUAGAUUUCAGCAAAAUGGAAUGGGUGUCACCUGAAAAGACAGGAGAAGAAUAUGCAUUCUUUUUUAGCAUUGACAAUGGUGCUACUCUUAUACGAAUAGAGCCGUGGGCUGAUCUUUACUCACAAUACGGGAGAUAUUCUUCUCCUAAGAAAAGUGGAAAAUGCAGGUUAUUUCGUGCAAACAUGUGGUACUUCUUCCACGAUUGUUUGAAUGGUAAUUUUCUACAUUAG